UGUGGUCUUAAGUCGUUGAACAUUCAUCUAUUUGGAAGUAUAAAAGUUAAAUCGCCAUAAACAUCACCAAGCCAAUUUAUUUAAUCCAUCUUAUAUAACUUGUGAUUCCUUAAUCUAAAUGGUUAUAGCUCAACAAUCUUUAUAAACCAAUAUGUUCUUCACCAUAAGUUUUGUUUUUAGUUUUCUGUUGUCUUUUUACGUAUCAUAUGUUUAUCCUUCUGGAGGAACUUCGGAUGUUUAUCACAAACAAGAUGGUAACGGUGGUUAUGCCUUCGGUUAUGAUAUCAAUGAUCCUUGGGGUGCAACUAAUUUCCGAGAAGAGUCUGGACAGUUUGAUGCUUGGGGUGGUGGAGCUGUGAUUGGUUCUUAUGGAUUGAUGGAUGUUGAUGGACGUAAACGUAUUGUUCAGUAUUCAGCAGAUAAAAACGGUUUUGUUGCUUUCAUCAAGACAAACGAGAAAGGAACCAGUGAUGAAGAUGCUGCUGAUGCUUAUUACAAUGGAGUGGAUAAAAGUCAUGGCAAAUGGUUGUAUGACUUUUCGAUAAAACAUGAUAAAGGUUGGGGUGAUUCCUGGGAUCCUUGGGGUAAAUCUGAUAAAGGAAAGAAGAAAGAUUAUGGUUGGGGAGCUUCUGAGAGACAUGAAGUUCGAGUUCCACAAAAAGGAGAAACUGGACAGUUAUACGAGGAUCCAGAUACAAAUAUUCUUUAUAAAGCAAUCGAUGAUCAACAUGUUGUUCCUUUUGGGCGACGUUACCAAGCCAAUUCUGAUAAAAAUACUGCUAUUUCUAAACCUAUUUCUGGUAAACAAGGUAAAUCCCGAUAAAGAGCUAGCCUCUGUACAUUAUAAUGUAAUAUUAUCGAAGAAAUAAAUUAUUAAGGAAAAAAACAGAUUCAUUUUAAAAAUUUACUCU